AUGGUUGCUGAGAUGACCAGUGCCGCUGAUGUCUACUCGAAACUCCUCUUCCAGAAUAAGUAUGGCUACCCGCUCUGGAUCCCCGAGCCUCCUCUGAAACACGGUGAAGUCGUCGUUGGCGACGUCGGCUACAUUCAGGAAGGCGGAUUCUACCGCAUAUUCAAUGCCAUCAAUCCCGAACUCAACAAGUAUGGUGCCCCAGAGGACUUCAAACCUCUGCAGUUCCCGGAGGAGAAUCUGAAUACAGUAGAGAACUGGAUCCCGGCUAGCACGAUAUCCAGUAGGAUUAUUCAAAAUUUUAGUGUCAGUGCAUCCGCCGGCGCAAAUAUCGGAACCAAUUCUGCCGGUGGCGGGCUUCACUACAAGUGUACAGAAGACCAGGGUGCCAUCCUAGUCUUGAGCGAUUCCGCUACCAAAUCGGAGGUGCACAAUGCUAGAAGGCGUAUCAAGAACUACAUGGUCCCUAACUGCCAGAAAUGGAUUGACUUCAAGGAUGGUGAACUUAAAGAAGACGACAUUCGAUUCGUGUCCGGAUGGGUGAAAACCUCACAAUGGUUGGUGGGCGCGAUCACUCAGGAUGGUCGUGAAGCGUCGGUGGACUUCAAUGCGGCCAUCGGAUACGGAAAUGCAUCGUUCAACGUCACCGCAUCUCGCUUGGCGAGUCCACAGUCCUUUUAUCGCACUGGGCCACGCCUCGGCGCGCUGAGUUCACAACAACCAAAUGAGCCCACAGAUUUUCCAAAGGAUCAGUGUGUUUUCCUGCACUAUUUCAAGCUGAGGACACGCUGGUUCUUCCUGAAAAAGUUGGAAGCUGCUGCAAAGCCUAAAGACCUGCACUACCACAGAGAUGGUACAGACGACGAUCAAGUUAUGGCUGCAGAUACAAGUAGCAUUGAUUCGGAUGACUCUGACAUCCUCGAAGAGGUGCCGGCGCCGCACAAGCCUUGGGAUCCGGUCGAUUUUGUUUUGGAUUAUAUCCUUGUGCACUCAGAAGCAGAAGUUGCGGUCGCUAGUACGGAAGACAUAGUAACUCUCUGUGACAAUCAAAUUCCCGAUGACAUCCGCGAGUACCUGGAGAGAACAUUACCAGAAAUCGAAGUAAACGAGGACGGUGUCGGAUCACUCUCAUUCGAAACAUUCGAGGUCAAUCCCGCAGCCAGUGCUCCUGAGCAGACUUCCACCUCAAGCGUAGAAAACAGGCCAGUAGAGAGUGCAAGUGGCAAUCUUGCUAAUACCGGCGGCGUAGGCCCCAUAGAUCCAAGUGGUAGCGAUUACUCUCCACCGCAGAAGCCGACCGCUAGACCGUCUGACCCCGGUGUGGAAGGGUCGUCCAAGCAACCCACGCGCAGCUCGAAACAUCACAUUGAACAAAACGCAGGCGGAAUCACCUCUCUCGCGUACUCGCCAGAUGGGAGCCGCGUCGUGAGCGGAUCCGAGGAUGGCUCGAUCACUAUCUGGCCCGCAGAUGGAGGGGACCCCUUGGUCACGCGCAAAGAUAACGAGGACGCCAUCUGCGCUAUCGCGUUCAACCCAGACAGCAGCGCGUUCGUGACCGCAGCGCGCGACGGCACGCUGCAAGUGUGGGAGACACGUACGAACGCGGACCAGCCGCGCGCGACUCUGGUGGGGCACGAUGGAUUCGUGGACACGAUUGCGUUCUCGCCAAAUGGGCGCACAAUCGCGACGGGCUCAGUCGACUUUACGGUGCGGCUGUGGGAUGCGAUGAGCGGGGCUGCGAAGCACGAGCUGAGGGGACACACGGCGAUGGUGAUGCUGGUGCAGUUCUCCCCGGGCGGGGAGAAAGUCGCAUCUACGGGCGCGGACUGUACCGCGCGAGUGUGGGACGUAGAGACCGGUGCAGCGUUGGCAGUGAUGCGCGGGCACGAGGGUGUGAUCUAUUCGCUCGUAUUCUCGCCGGACACGCGGCGCAUACUGACUGGCGCGGACGACGGGAGCGCGCGCGUAUGGCGCACGGAAACAGGGGAGGAACUUGUUACUCUGCGCGAGCACGCAGGUGCGGUGUGGUCCGCGAUAUUCUCUGCCGACGGGAAGCGCGUGCUCUCUGCCGCAGGAGACGGGUUCGUCAAAGUGUGCGACUCGUACAGCGGCGAAGUCAUCCUCAGCAUCGAGGCCGGUGACGGCAUCAAUACCGCCGCGUUCUCGAACGAUGGCAAACUCGCUUGCACGGUUGCAGGCGACCAUAUCAUCCGCGUGUGGGACCUCGACACCGGCAAAUCUCUGGCGGCAUUCGAGGGGCACGAGGACAGCGUUAACAUCAUGCAGUUCUCACCCGAUGCGAAGAGGAUCGUCUCCACGUCGGAUGAUGGCACGAUGCGCAUUUGGCAUAUGCGUGAGUGA